CUAACGAGAAGCAAAGCAGGAUGUUAGCUUCAGGACGAGGUGGCCAGGAAACCCAGCGCUUGCUGCUCUCCGUUCUGCUCCUUGCAGUCUGGGAGGCCGGCAGUGGCCAGGUUCACUACUCGGUGGUGGAGGAGGCCAAACACGGCACCUUCGUGGGCCGCAUCGCCCAGGACUUGGGGCUGGAGCUCGCGGAGCUGGUGCCACGCCUGUUCCGAGUGGCAUCCAAGGGUCGCGGGGACCUUCUGGAGGUAAAUCUGCAGAAUGGCAUUUUGUUUGUGAAUUCUCAGAUCGACCGGGAAGAGCUGUGCGGGCGGAGCGCGGAGUGUAGCAUCCACCUGGAGGUGAUCGUGGACAGGCCGCUGCAGGUUUUCCAUGUGGAGGUGGAGGUGAAGGACAUUAACGACAAUCCGCCUGUAUUCCCAGCAACACAAAAAAAUGUGUUUAUUUCCGAAACAAGGGCUCUUGACUCGCAUUUUUCACUAGAGGGCGCCUCUGAUGCAGAUAUCGGGGCCAACGCUCUGCUGACUUACAAACUGAGCCCCAAUGAGUAUUUCUCUCUGGAAGUACCCACCAACGAUCUGGUAAAACCGCUCCAACUAGUACUAAAAAAACCCUUAGACAGGGAAGUCGCUUCAGAGCUUCUGUUGGUGCUCCAAGCAACUGAUGGGGGCAAACCUGAGCUGACGGGUAGCACAGAGUUACACAUCACAGUGCUGGAUGUAAAUGACAACGCCCCAAUGUUUGACAAAGCAGUCCAUCGUGUAAAAUUACCGGAGAAUUCGAGAAACGGUACACUGGUUAUUAGACUUAAUGCAUCGGAUUUGGAUGAAGGUUCAAACAGCCACAUUCUUUAUUCAUUUGCCGCUGAUGUCUCUUCUAAUACAGAAGACUUUUUCCACAUUGAUUCGGCCAGUGGAGAAAUAAAAGUAAACGGAAAAAUAGAUUUUGAAGAAACUAAAUUAUGGAAACUUCAAGUAGAAGCAGUUGACAAAGGCCAUCCCCCCAUGUUUGGUCACUGCACAAUCUUGGUAGAAAUCUUGGACAUUAAUGAUAAUGCUCCGGAGUUGCUGGUGACGUCGCUAUUAUUGUGUGUUCCAGAGGAUGCUACAUUGGGAACUGUCAUCGCCCUAAUCAGUGUAACUGACCGAGAUUCUGGAGCUAAUGGGGAGGUGACCUGCUCACUAACACCCCAUGUUCCCUUCAAGCUGGUGUCCACCUUCAAGAACUACUAUUC